AUGGUAGUUAUUGAUGACCGUAACAACGGCUGGCGGAGCUUGGUUAUCCCUUUGGCAUGUAUGGAUGAACUCGUCAUGAGCUCUGUAAUGGCAGUCUCGGCUUUCCACUUAUCGGAAAGAGCCGAAAGCCAUCAUCUCGUCAACGCUGGCAUGCUCUACUCGAAAGCCAUCUUGAAUCUCCAGAAGCGACAAGACUUGCACCAGUAUGAUAUCCACUCAAGGUAUCGCAUCAUCGUUUCCAUAAUUGUUCUGCUUCUCGGCAUGAUGGUGAAUGGGAGCUCAGACUUUCCAAUAAUGUUUCGGAUGUUGCAGUCUGCUCUAGACAUGUCAUACCCAACCCACUCUCGUGCUCUGGAUCUGAUAUCAAAACUCAGAGAUCAGGCCUUUCAGAUCUACUUGAACCGGGCAUAUUCAGUCCAAGCUGGUAUGACGGCUCCUGCCGAUCUGAUAUCAACGUUUAAGCAGAUGCUUGAGUCAUUUCCCGAGGCUCUUCCAGGCGAGCAUGUACUGGUAUGGCCUAUAUUUAUUGCUGCUUCGGAAAGUCAUGAUCCAGAUCACCAACAGUUCUUUACACGGCUCUUAGAGAAGCAGUUCCAUCGGAACGGGUUUAUGAAUAUUGCCAAAGCGUUGGAGUCGUUGAGGAGGAUCUGGGCUCGAGGGGCGGAUGAGAAUUGGACGGCAUUACUUCCAAAGCAGCCUGUAUUGGUUAUGUAG